AUGCGUGGGCUUCGUUUACAGGUCAAGGUCAUCAGCCAGUCGUCGCACAAUCCUAAGGGGAGGAACCUGGCGCCGAUUGCUGAAUUCCUGCAUCUCGCGGCUCCCAAUGUCACCCUCGAGGAUCUGACGCUACUUAUUACCGAUAAAUAUGCGAGGCUAUACCCGAGGAAUCGACCAUUGAAUAUCCAGCGACUACAGGAUUCGGAAGGAAACGAUCUGGAUCUCACGUACACCGUUGGCGACGUGUUCGACGACAAAUCAUCGAAUCGGGAUGGAAGUAUAGUAAAAGUCAUCCAUAAAGAUGUUCUACGAGAUGAGUCGGUCCCACCGGAGUCUGGGUUGAGGCCUACGGGCUCGAAGAAGCGAUCGAUACAAAGUUUGGCACCUGUGGCGGAGUCGGAGGAGGUACGGGACGGAGAGCAAGAGGUGGAUGAGGAAGUCGGGGUGCCUGUUAAUCUGCGUCCUAGCAAGAAGCAGAGAAUAAGGUCCAGGAGCGGGUCAACAGACGAUGAAGAGGAUGAAGAUGAAGAAAUGCAGGAAGAGGAAGAAGAAGAAGGGGAAGAAGAGGUAGAGGAGGGAACGCCGGACGAACAACAGCUAGAGGGGGGAUCAGAGGGGUUACCAGUCUCAUCAAGUGUCGUGGAGUCAUCACGGGUUCGAUCUCAAGCUAUAAGCCAAGGUGGGAUUGUUUCUGAAUCACCCGCUGCUCGCGCUGGGCUAGGAAACGCACCCUUAGGAUCCGGUCCCAUCGGUAGAGCGACGGACCAUGCCGGCAUGUUGCCUCCAAAUCGCCUUAGAAACAGGGUCCAGGGACGUGGUGGCUCCCUAAUUCCAGAGACAAGCCAGAUAUUCGGCGAACUACUGUCUCCAAAAGAAGAAACCUUUUCGUCUCCGCUGUUCACUGCGACUACCUAUAAGAAGGUAAUGUCUAAUACUCAACCAGUAGAGAUCUCGUCGCCCGAAACCGAGGACUUGGAUGCUCCAGUUAUCGCUCCACAUACCCUGAGGGGUUCAGGUGGGAGGAAAUCAACGUCGGUCACUGGAAAACAGGGUACGCUGAAAAGGCCAGCGAAAGCAAUGGCGAAUAAGAAGCCCAGUACAAGAAACCAGAGCUCGAUAUAUGAAAUAGAAGACUCGGAUUCAGGAGAGGAAGAAGAAGGAACUGAGAAACCUGCCCAGCAGAAGCGAAAAGUCAACAGCACUUCUCAGAAGAAACCCCAGGGUGCAGCUCCAAAACGAGUAACCUUGAGGCGAUCCGGUGCCUCUAGCGUCACUCCUACACUUGAAGUUUCUUCGUCCCAACUGAAUACAAUCCUUUCUCCUCGUGUCUUGAACGACUUUGUUGUCGAAAUACCACCUAUUGAGGAUAUUAGACGGAGCGGUGAAAGGGAACUUUCGAAUACGCCUGUGCCAAAUGUAGCAGAUCUCAUAGGUACUAAGUCUAGGGCGGAGGAAGACCCAGCCACGGGGCCGAAGUCAUCCCAAGACAAAUUUAUAAAGCCUUCGUUACCGACAAAAGCCAGAAAAGGAAGCAACCAACCAGAAACACCAACCACUACUGAAAAGAAUCUCAUCAACAAAACAAGAACUCCCGUCCCCGGAUCAUCAAAACGCGCCACUGUAUCGAGAUCAACGCAAUCCGCCACCCCGGAAGUCAAUAAUGGUAAGAGUGCGGGUUCUAGCAGUGUUUUACAUUCGGCGUUGCGAAGUCCAGAAAAGAAAAAUCUUGAAGCUAAAAAGAGUGUGUCGUUCGCGAAUGAAGGGAGUCCGACACCAUCAACUUCGAGCAUUACGGUAGCGGCAGCGGCAACUAACGUAGCUGGAACGGCAACAAAACCGACACCAGAGGUGAAGAAGCCGAGAACAACAUUUAAGGUUCCGAUUCCGAUUAUACCGGUGGAAUUGCAAGGGAUAUCGGAUCAGAGUACUCUGGAGGGGAAGAAGAAAUAUGAGGCAUUUUUAGGGAAGCCAGCGAGAAAUAGGUCGACCUCUUCAACCCCCCCUAUCUCGGCCCUGACAAGCACACUAGCAAGCUCCAAGGCCUUGGUCAAGGGCAAGCCGACGAGAGGGGAGAGCGCAGACGCAGGUGACGAACCGGCGGCCGGGCAGACAACAACGGAAAAGAACACGACUCAGACGUCGGACAAAGCAAAGGACACCUUGAAAAACAAGGCUUCUAUAAGCCCCAGCCCUGCCAAAAAGGUCUCUUCGGAAGAUGAGGAUAUGGAAGAUGCGCCGCCUCUAUCGAAAAAAGCAUCAGUCGAAAGAUCAUCUAGUCCUGUUUCUUCCUCAUCCGAGGCGACUUCAUCAGAGUCGGAAGAAGACAGCGACGAAAGCAGCGAGGGUGAGGAAGAUGAAGCUAAAGGUACACCCAAAAAGACCCCCCCGAAAGUCGAAAACAAGCCUGCGGAACGUAAAACCCCCAUAGCCUCAGACUCGGAAUCUGAGCCUGAUGCUAAACCGAAGGGGAGGUUUAUCGACGUCAAAAAACUUAUGGCACUCACAGAUAGCGAGGACGAAGAUGGUUCAGGGGGCGCUAGUAAGCAGAACUCCAAAGCCCCUAUGACAAGAGAAGAGUCACCUAUAAAAGGUCCCGGGAAACGACAACUACGAAGUACCUCGCCGGAAAAGAAGGAAUUCGUACGGUUCUCCUAUGCGACAGCGCCAAGCAAACUUGCCCUUGAGCCAAUUAGUAAAUUAGCUCCUGGGGCCUCUGGUGAAACGCCGUCUGGCGACGAGGAAGACGAAGUGGGGGAUGGUGACCAGGAGAUGGUGGAUCAGCCCGCAGAGGAGGCAGGGGAGGGGGAGGGAGAAGAAGAAGAUGGGGAGGAGGAGGAGGAGGAGGAGGAGGAGGAAGAAGAGGAAGAGGAAGAGGAAGAGGAGGAUUAUUCAGAUGAAGAAGGGCUUGUAAGGGCUAAGGCGACAACCGUACUAUCCUUACCGACUCCAGCAACUAGUCAAACCCAGGUUCCCGAAUCCGAAUCUGAGAGUGAAUCGGAAUCGGACGACAACGACGACAAGUCUGAUCAGGGGACAGAAUCUGAUUCAGACAACGAGAAGCCAACAUCCCGGACUAGUGCUAAUCCGCCUUCUUCAAUCUCAGUAGUCCCAGAAUCAUCAUCACCUAAACCCCAGCCUGAGAAAGAGGCCAUAGGAAAAAAUGAUACCAACACAGCAACCCCUCCAGCUGACGCUGAGUCCUCUAGUGAGGAAGAAAGCAGCUCUGAUGAAUCUUCAGAAGAAGAGCCAGAGAAAACUACACCCCCAAAGAAAGUAGAUACGACUGCUAAAGCUAUGGACGCUCUCUUCCGUAGUCCGGCACCCAAACUUUUAAAUGGGAAUACGCCACGAUUCUCAAAGACACCCGAGCCAUCACAACCUACUGCAGGACCCUCUAAGUUGCCCCCUUCGAGAAUGAAUAGGAGAACCUUGGGAUACAUAAGUCCGUCCCCGGGGCCGCCGUCUAGCAUGCCGGCGCGCUUGCCUUCUAUGAUGUCACCGAAGGAUGUUAGGAAGAGGCAUAGUCUUACCUCUCACUAUAAAGGAUUGACCAUGCUUAGUCAGCAGGAUAUUCCAGAGACUAGAGAUGGUGGUAAGAGUGCCAAACCUACUGCCCCCGGUGGAGUUGGAGCAGGUCAGAAACCCAAGCCAAGGCUUUCUGAAGGAAUGAAAAGCUUUCAAAACAUCUUGUCAAGUCAAAAAGGUGGAAAGGAUUCUGAUGAUGACAGUGAUAGUGAUGAUAGCGAUGAUAGUGACGACGAAGGGAAAGGUGACAAAGAGGAAGAGAAAACUAAAGGUAGGACUGGGUUGGGUAGGUUCCUCCCAUUCCUGUAG